GUCACAACCUCCCCGACUAAAACGAACCUUCAGUCAAGUCAAAGCAGCGACGGAAACUCAGACUUUAUUGCUUUGGUCAACAAAGUCAAGAAAGUGCGCCUGCGCAGUGCUCCCGAUCGAACACACAGCGAGUCGAGUUCCGGUGGCUUCACUCAACCUCAUCAACAACAAGUUUCGAUGACUCCACCGACUCGCAAAUAUGGCCGUCAUGAACGAUUAAAUCUCUUUUGCCAUUCGAACAGAGAGAGCUCUCAGAGUGUAUCUGAUCUCACCAGUAGAAUAGACGCAGGCGCAGCUACGACUACUACUGCUACACUACUUCCGAUCACGGAUGAACACAGAAACAUGUCCCUCGGAACGGUUUCUUCCCUUUCAGAGUCAAAUUUUCUGGCCAGUAAAGUCGACCAUUUCUGUCCGACUGGACGCUGGAGUCAACUUGUCAAUUACCAUGGAAACUGGACUAAACGGAACAACUCCUUUGACAUGGACCAGAACCCAAGGAUUUUACUGACUGUCCAUAAAUUAGACGCAUGGAAAUCGGACCUGGAUACAGUUUUCAGCGGACGUAGUCACGUGAUCAUUUCCCUCCUCCAAGACUACAGGCAUGGCUCUUCGACCGCGAACAACCUCAUCCAGCCGAUUGGAUUCUGUAUUUAUAAGACGAAGUACCCGGAGAAGGACGAGAAGAAGCUUCUUUCCAAGCUGACGUUUGUAAGCAAAGAGAUGUCAAAUGGUGGGUCACGUGAGGUAAUCAAACGGACCAAUCUGGAGCAGGGAAAUUAUUUCAUUGUGCCAUUCUGUUCCAACAAGGAGCAUACUGGCGAGUUCAUAGUUCGAGUCCUGGCUGAGAAGAACGUCAAAGAGGAGAAAUCAGAUUGUAAAUUAUCCUAGAAUGACAGCGAAGAAGAACGAGAAGGAGAAGAAGAGGGAAAAGAAAAA